AUGAUCUGUUUGAUACCUUCAGAGAAAUUUCCUUUUCCAGCAACAGCAGGAGGAUCUAGCCGUUCAUUCGGGUUGGCAAUCCCAAGCCAAGCUACCACCCAGGCAGGCUUCCUGGCAUUUGACUCUUCCCAACCCAUCCUCGCUUACGAAGAACUCGUUAUACGCCCUAACGGUUCAUCCGAAGAUGUCAAGAGCGCGAGCUCCAAUAGGACCGCGACAGCUGUCAUCGUUCACGGCCUACUGGGAUCCGGUCGCAAUUGGCGUAGCCCUGCGAAACUUCUGGGAAACCGGCUGGUUAAUGCCGGCAAUUCUCUCGUAGGUGACAAUUCAGCAAGUGGGCUUUCUUGGCGUUUUCUGCUGGUGGAUCUUCGGCACCACGCGCAAUCCGCCGCCCGGCAGUUCCUUCAGCCGGAUGACAUGAGCAACGCGGCUGCUGACCUGGCGCGCCUCGUCGCUGACGUGGCAGGAGGGAGAGCUGACGUGGUGAUCGGUCAUUCCAUGGGCGGGAAGAUCGCGCUGGAGUAUGUGAGGAGGGCUCGCGCGGGGGAGCUGCCAGUGAUGCUGCCGCAGCAGGUAGGAUUUAGGCACCUGGUAGUAGUGAGUGAGUGGAGGAGGGAUGAGAAGUGGACGAGAGGGAGUUGGACGAGAGGGAAGUGGACGAGAGGGGAAGUGGAUGAGAGGGGAGUGGACGAGAGAGAAGUGGACAACCUUCCCUCUCGUCCACUCCCCUCUCGUCCACUCCCCUCUCGUCCACUCCCCUCUCGUCCACUCCCCUCUCGUCCACUCCCUUCUCGUCCACUCCCCUCUCGUCCACUCCCCUCUCGUCCACUCCCCUCUCGUCCACUCCCCUCUCGUCCACUCCCCUCUCGUCCACUCCCCUCUCGUCCACUUCCCUCUCGUCCACUUCCCUCUCGUCCGCAGCAGCUGUGGGUGCUGGACUCAGUGCCGGGCCGCAUAUCCGACUGCACGUUGGGGGAGGAUGCGGAGAGAAGGGACGUGGAGCGAGUGAUUGCCACUCUGCAGGAGCUGCCUCGCCCCAUCCCCUCCAAACGGUGGCUCCUCCAGGAGCUGACUCAACGCCGAGGCUUCUCCUCAGGCUUGGCAGAGUGGCUUGCCACGAGCCUCAGACCCGUAGCUGGUUCAAGUGGUUCGGCUGGUUCAAGUGGUUCGGGUGGUUCAGGUGGUUCGGCUGCUCCCGGGGCUGGCGUGAAUGGAGAAAUGGAUUGGGUGUUCAACCUGGAUGGCGCUGUUUCACUCUACAACAGCUACAGGCAAACGGAUCUGCUACCCUUUGUGAAAAACCUGUGCGAUGGGCCACACGAGGAGCAACAGCUCCCGUUACAAGCACCGCUGUUGCAGUCACAUCCGUUGCAAUCACAAGAGCUGGAGAAGCAAGGGAAGGUCGGAGUGGAGAGGGAUUUAAGACCCAAGUUUGUGAAGCCAGGAGCGGUAGAGGGUGCUAAGUGGGGAGCGGUGCAGCAGCCUUGGCACCAAGCAAUGCAGACUCAGGCGCAGCAUCAACAAGGGCAGGAGGAGAGAGAGGUAAUUUCGGAGAAGCAGGCGGGACGUGGUUGCACACAGGUGCAUUUUGUGAAAGGGGAGAGGAGUGGCGUGUGGAAAGCCAAGUGCCUUGCUGACCUGGAGGCCUCUGUUGCUGAGUCAGCGAAGUGUGAAGGGGAGCGUACUGAUUCGCUGAGCAGUGGGGGUGGAGAGGGUGGGAAAAAGGGAUGCAGAGCACAUUUGCAUGUAUUGAAGGGAGCCGGGCAUUGGGUGCAUGUGGACAAUCCAACGGGACUUGUGCAGCUGAUGGAAAAACACUUGAGAGAGGUUUCUGUUUAG